GAUUAACUUUUUACCUGCCCAUUUUUAUAUAUCGAACCAUUAUCUUCAACAAUUGAACGACUUUUUGUUGUUGAAGUUCUUUACACACACUUUUACUAUUAAUUCGAUGCUUGCAAUUAUUCUUUGAGUCCUUUGAUCAUUCCCAAUUCUCCUAAUUCUCCAAAAAUCUAUCUACAACACAUAACCUAAGAUUUACAAAAUGAAAGGAGUUAUAAUCAAAAGCCUCAAUGCUUCCUGGGAAGUCGUCGAUAAUCUCGAAAACCCCGUUCCGGGCAAACAUCAGAUUUUAGUCAAAUCGCUCGUUACGGGUAUUAAUCCCUUGUAAGUUCUUCCUCACUUCCUUCUUACUCUCUAAACUCUGCCUCCUUCCCAAUUAACAUCAAUUGCUUCUCAUCGACUAAAUAAUAAUGAAGGGACAACCUUAUGCGCACAACUGGUCUUCUAAUUCCUAGCUAUCCUAUUGUUCUUGGUUGUGAUGCUUCUGGUGUUGUUGUGGAGACGGGCUCUGAGGUCUCAAAAUUUAGAGUCGGGGAUGGUGUUUUUGGGUGUUCGCCCCCAGGGGCUCCGGGUUAUGGUACUUUUCAGGAGUUUGUAUGUUAAUAGUUUUUAUGUUGCCUUCGGUAUCUGAUAUUUUACGGUGAGGUGAUGUAAGCUGGAUACAAGAGGCUAAUGAUUGUUUGAAAAUAUAGCAUUUAAUGGAUGAGAAAUUGGCAUUUAAGAGGCCGGAGAACGUUUCGGUCGAAGAAGCUGCCACGAUUGGGGUGGGGCUAUUGGUGAGCAGAUCUCUUUAAUAUCGAUGCUUGUUUUGUUAAGGUGUGGAUGAUGAAUACUGACUACGAAUCUCAUAGACAGCUGCGAUAUCUCUGGAUGCGGGAAACGACAUCAUGUACCCUGCCUCUCGAGAAAAUCAACCAGAAUGGUUUAUUGUAUUAGGAGGUGCAUCGAAUGUUGGGCAAUACGGUAUCAAGGUCAGCCUGUUCACAAUGAAGUCUGAAGUCUGAAGAAAGUGAUAUUGAUACAAUCUAGCUUGCAAAACUAUCUGGAUACCAAGUCCUCGCUUCGUGCUCAGAGUCUAGUGUUGAGGUGAGUUCCGUACAUUUUACUCUUCGUUUCCGAUGAACUGUGACUAGCAAUUAAUUUGUCUCUCUAGAUUGCCAAAUCUGCCGGAGCAGAUGCUACCUUUGACUAUAAACAACCCAUCGAGAGUCAAUUAUCUGAAAUCGAGUCCAUUACAUCAGGAGAUUUUGCAGGCAUAUUCGAUGCUUCAGCUGCGAGUUCCGCCGUAGCCCUAGCAGCUUUGAACACUAAGUCAAGGGCUAAAACACAAAAGAAAACAUUCUCAACUACAAAUAACUGGUAUGGAAAUAACCUGCAGUGAGGAGCAAUUCGAUAUGAGCUAAUAACCGAAAAUAGGGAUCCAAUCGAAGAACAAAAGGACAUCAGCAUCUACCAAGUCAACCUCGGUCAGAUUGGCAAAUCCGGAGAACCAGCAGGAGACGCCGUAAACCGCGCUGUGGAAAAGCUAAUCCCGCGACUCGAAAGUCUUCUCUGGAAAGGAUUACUCGAGCCGAAUGAGGGGGAAAUAGUAGCGACAGGGUUUGCGGGGGUGAGUUUUGGCGUUGAUCUUCUGACAAAAAAUGGUAUUAGAGGAAAGAAGGUUAUGGUGAAGUUGCAGGAUUUGUAAUGUUGCAGGAAAGGGUCAUGCGUAUCUCCCAGUCUGGUAAUCAUAUUAUGAGAUUUAUUGAUCUUUAUGCUGAGGAUUUUCCGCAAUGAAGAUCUAUUUGACUACAUAAGCCGUCCCGCAUCUUUAUGGCGCGCGGGAGAUGUCAGCAUGCACCAGGGCGUAUUGGAGUAUAUUCUCUCGAUCCAUCCCCGAAAGUUUAGUGUUCUGCUAUUUGCUGAAUAAUUAGUUUGUUCUUAGCUCGAAUAAUCUUUUGAAAAUCUUUUGUCUACCAAUGA